AGCAUUUUGUUGAAAGAGAGAAGGGCAUCUGAUCGUUCUGAACAGUUUGUUUGGCAAAGCAGCGAGAAAACAGAGAACCCAAAAAUGAGCGGCGCCGGGAAGAAAGUGGUGGAUGUGGCUUUCAAAGCCUCGAAGAAGAUUGACUGGGAUGGCAUGGCCAAGCUUAUCGUCUCCGAGGAGGCCCGCAAGGAGUUCGCCUCUCUCCGCCGCGCCUUCGAUGAGGUUAACACCACCCUCGAGACCAAGUUCAGCCAGGAACCUGAGCCCAUUGACUGGGAGUACUACAGGAAAGGAAUUGGGUCUCGAUUGGUGGACAUGUACAAAGAGGCCUAUGACAACGUUAAGAUCCCCAAGUAUGUGGAUACAGUCACUCCCGAGUACAAGCCUAAGUUUGAUGCAUUGUUGGUGGAACUAAAGGAAGCAGAGGAAAAAUCUUUUAAGGAGUCAGAGCGCUUAGAGAAGGAGAUAGCUGAAGUAAAAGAGUUGAAGCAAAAGAUUGCUACCAUGACUGCUGAUGAAUACUUUGAGAAGCAUCCUGAGCUCAAGAAGAAGUUUGAUGAUGAGAUCCGGAAUGACAAUUGGGGUUAUUGAUGACAUCCAAGGCUUCACUGCUUGGCAAUCUUUCUUGAAAGUGUCAUGUUUUCCCAUUGUCCAAUAAUAAAGAUAACCAUAUUGAUUUUCUCUGUAAUUUGGUUACUUUCGGUUUGAUGAAUGUGAGCUUUAAGAGCACCCCUUCAGAAGUAGGUCAAUAUAUCUCCUUUACAUUUACAUAAGGCAGUAUCCGAAUUUAAGGAUUGCUUCAAUUAUUAUCCAGAUUUUCACUUUGAUGAUGUAUUCAAUCUCUCUCCCUUAGCAAACAA